CUCCAACAAAGGCGGUUGUUUUGAAAAGAAUUUGAAAAUAAUACGAAAAAUGUUGUCGGUUUUUGAAAAGUAUAUUUUGUUGUCCGUUUGUUUUGUGGCGUUGAGUACCGGUAUUUUUAUUGCUAAAGAAGAAUGUCCCCAAAACGAAGAGUUCCUGCUCUGCGGGUCAGCGUGCCCCUUCAACUGCUCCAACCCUGAGGGUCCCGUCAUAUGCUCUGAGGAUUGCAUCGAAGGUUGCUUCUGUAAGGCUGGCUACUUAAGGAACGAUAAUGGCACCUGUGUCACCACUGAUCAGUGUGUUGGUAAAAGCGAAGUCUGCGGUCCUAACGAGGAGUUCCUGUCUUGCGGCACAGCGUGCCCCCUGACCUGCAAGCAGCCAGAGCCACUGAUCUGCGGGCUUGCGUGUGGGAUGGGCUGCUUCUGCAAGUCUGGUUAUGUGCGAGACACGGUCAACAAUCAGUGUGUUACGCUGGAUAAAUGUCCCGUUGAACCAUGCCUAAACGACAACGAAACCUACGACCUCUGCAACGGGCAAUGCGAGCCUUCAUGCGAUGACCCCGAGCCGAUAUGCACUCGCAUAUGCAAGGGUGGUUGCAUAUGCGCCCCAGGUCUUCUCCGAGAUGCAAAUGGAGAAUGCGUCAGUGUUGACAAAUGCGCCAAUAAUACUGAUGUCAGUGUGCUGUCUAGAUAUAUGAAUGUUAUUAAUAAGAUUUUGCAAGUGUGAGGUUUUUAGAGGAAUAAAUUAAUAUUAUUGAGUGUA